UAAACGAAUGUUCCUAUAAAAAAAUCUGAUAUUAAAACCUUGUGUCCAUAAUAUUAGAAAUUAAUUCGAAAUCGCGGACAGAAGAAAAAUCCGACAGAGAAAUCAUAUUGAUCGGUUAGUCGAAAUAGCCAUUGAUUCUUUCUCCGAAAUUUCAGACGGAGAGAAAACUAAUCGCAGUUGUUAUUUCAGUUAAUUAAUCCAUAUGGUUAAUCAAUAUUUUCCUCAUUCGAGAUCUCGAAUGAGGAAAAUCUAUCUCUAGCAUUGUGAGUACAAGGCUUUAGGAAGGAUUUUUAGAGAGUAAAAAUGGACUCUCUGGUCGAGUGUCCAACCGAAAGAUAGCGCUACAUGUCGCGAGCAUCUGCCGACGUGUCGCAAAUACGAAUGUCUUGCGCGAAGUUGGUUCGUGCUUUCACAGAUUUUGCGAGGGUGGUCGUGCGGUUCACGUAGACACGGCCUAGCACGUACUUCUGUGGAUUCCUCGACUAUUAUCAUGUCUUCAGGCAAGAAAAACAAGAAGAAGAAGGGGGUGACUGUCGACCUGUGGUCGUUCUUGGCCGAGGGAAAUGGUCAGACUCCUAAUAUACCGCUGAAAUCAUCUAAUUGGGCCGACGACGUAGAAGAUGAUCAUGAAGGAUAUUCAUCAAGGAGCAGCAAAGAUCCAGUUAUUCUGCCAACUGCUCCAAGAGCUGCACGAGGACCAGGGAUUGAUGAAGAAAACAUCCCUACAAAUCCCCCUUAUGUAGCUUACAUAAGUAAUCUACCUUAUGACGUAGAUGAAACAGAUCUAGCAGAUUUUUUUGCGGAGAUGAAGAUUUCAAAUAUGCGUUUGCCAAAAGACGCAAAUAAAAUUAAGGGUUAUGGUUACGUCGAAUUCGAAGAUCGUCAGAGUCUAAUUGAUGCUCUUUCUAUGACAAAUACAACUAUUAAGACGAGACGAGUAAGAAUUGAAGUCUCGAAUAGCAGUAACGAUGAUCGUCGUGGUGGUAGGAUGGGCAGGGAUAGUCGUAGAGACACUUAUGAUGAUCCUGAACGCACAUCUGGUGACUGGAGAAGCGGACCGCGCGAAGAUUUGCUGGAUGGAGAUUCCUAUCGUAGUCGGUACGAUAAAGAUCGACGAGAUGAUAGAGAAAGACAUGAUUAUGAUAACAAACCAGGUGCAUGGCGUGAGAGAGAUAGCAACGAUAAGGGAUCAUCGUUUAAAGAAAGAGGCGGCUUCAGAGACGACAGCAGAGAUGGAGACAGGGACUGGAAUCGUUACAGUGAUAGAGGGAGAAGCAGAGACAGAGACGGAGACAGGAGCAGUAGUUUCGGGCCACGUCGUAAUUAUGAUCGUGAUUCUGAUUGGAAUCGCGAUCGCCGGCAAGAUCAAGAUGCGAAACCUGAGCCACGACAAAGACCGAAACUGCAAUUGCAACCUCGCACGAAACCCGUGGAGCCUAUUGUAGUUGCGGAAGAUUCGGUAGCUAAGGAAAGUACGACGGAAUCGAAAUCAACGACAAAUUCGGAAUCAACUCAACGAGCGCCAGCUGCUGCGCCUGUGGCAGCGACUAAUAUUUUUGGUGCUGCAAAACCUGUAGAUACCACUGCCCGUGAACGAGAGAUAGAAGAACGUCUCGCCAAGUCUUACGCAGAAUCACGAUCUCGAGAAGAGGCGGACAAUAGAGAACGUAAAGACGGCACUUGGGGUCGACGCAAUGGUGAAGGACGUGAUGACAAAGACAGGGACAAGGACAAAGAGAAAGAGAGGGGGCGGCCGGCUUGGCGAUCAGAGGAAGAUAGAGGUGCUCGGCUUGAGAGAUCCGCACCACGAUCUUUACCAACUCCCACUCGUUCUGUAGAAGAGCAAAGUGGAUCCAAAACAUCACCAGCUUCCCGUCCUGGGCCACUAAUAUCUAAAGGAUCUCAAAAAUCCAUUGAGAAAGAUACUCGCGCAGAAAGGGAUCGCAAAGAUAGAGAGAAAGAUGAAAUCAGUAGAAUGCCGAAGGCUAAAGAUGAACAAGCUCCGAAUUUUGUAGCUUCCAACAAAUAUUCCAUGCUACCUGAUGACGUGGAUCCCGACAAUAUUGAUGAAUAGUCUUAAUUGAUUGCAAUUUGAAUCAUACACUAAAUUGUGCCACAUCCAACACACAAUUUACGUAUUAUUAAUAUAAUUUGUUUUACUUCUAUUAUUGCAUGGAUUCGUCGUAAGCCAGGCAUUCUUGGCAUUACUCUACUGGAAUUAUUGUUGAUUUGUAUUUAAUCUCUAUUUUAAUAUCCUCUUAAUAUAACUCUAUUUCUAUAUACCAACUUAUAUAUUUACUUUACACCUUGAUACGAAAAAUUUCGGCAAAUGUCGCAAAUUUCUCGUAAAUCGAAUGAAUGAUUGCAUCAAACUUUUUGUAAUUGAUUUCAAAAAUAAUUACACUGUAUAUGGAGGUGUAGCAAUUGGAACUUUAUACAUCAUACUUAAUCUGCUGUACAGUAAUUGUACAAUAUGUGACUCGUUUACAUGUAAUAUAACAAUGCCAAUAUAGAAGGAAAUUAAAAUAAUAAGUAUAUGGGAACA